AGUGGAAGCACGUUACUUCCAUUCUCUAUUUUUCUCUGCCUCAACCAGCUACAAAAUUAAGAAACGAAGAAGCAACUAGAGCCAGUUCAGGAAGCCCACCAAGUUCAUCGUUACUCAUGGCUUGUAACGUAACAUUCGUGUUUCAAGAUUAAUCAGGACUAUAAUAAUAGUUUGCCCACUAUUAAAUUCUUGAAUGAAAACAAGGCGAUUGUAACGUCUAUAUAAAGCAAAUUACAAGUACAAGUGAGAAGUGUCCUUUAGUCUGUGAAAGAGACAACUACAACAAUGGCCACUUCACUAACCCUAUUCAAAACAAUCUUUGUUUUCUUAAUUAUCUUCACUCUCCUCACACCCCAAGCCACGGCUGAUUGUGAAGCCGAAUCCAGAAACAGUUGCAACAACAAAAAGAAAGCCCUACCUCUAAAAAUCAUAGCCAUAUUCACCAUCUUAGCCUCAAGCAUAAUUGGCAUAUCCCUACCCUUGGUGACACGUUCGGUCCCUGCCCUAAGCCCGGAAAACAACCUCUUCAUAAUAGUGAAGUGCUUCGCAGCCGGCAUCAUCCUCGGCACGGGGUUCAUGCACGUGCUCCCGGAUUCCUUCGACAUGCUUUGGUCGGAUUGCUUGAAGGAGAAGCCGUGGCACGAGUUUCCGUUUUCGGGUCUCGCCGCUAUGUUCUCCGCCAUAAUCACGAUGAUGGUGGACUCCUUGUCCACUAGUAUUUACACCAAGAAGUAUAGGACUACUGAGGUUGUUCCUGGUGAGAGCAACCGUGCAGGUGGUGGGGACCAAUUGGAGAUGGCUGCUGUUAACUUGGGGCAUUUCCAUGGCCACCACCAUGCUCAUGAGACCAAGAUUGAGGGCAAAGAAGCACAGCUUCUACGUUAUCGUGUUGUUGCCAUGGUAUUAGAACUUGGAAUUAUUGUUCAUUCAGUGGUGAUAGGACUUGGCAUGGGAGCCUCAAAUAACACGUGCGCAAUAAGAGGUCUUAUAGCCGCCAUGUGCUUCCAUCAAAUGUUUGAAGGAAUGGGUCUUGGUGGGUGCAUUCUACAGGCCGAGUACAAGUUUUUAAAGAAGGUCAUCAUGGUGGUCUUUUUCUCCGUCACAACCCCAUUUGGAAUUGCCCUAGGAAUUGCAAUGUCCACGACCUACAAAGAGAACAGCCCAAGUGCACUAAUCACCGUGGGUUUGCUUAAUGCAUCAUCUGCUGGUCUUUUAAUCUACAUGGCUUUGGUUGACCUUCUCUCUGCUGACUUCAUGAGCCCAAGGUUGCAGGGUAGCAUUAAGCUUCAAUUAAAAUCUUACGUAGCUGUGUUUUUGGGUGCUGGUGGCAUGUCCCUUAUGGCAAAAUGGGCUUAAUUUUCCCUUACGUGUGGUCUAAGCAAUAAUGUUGUCAUAGAGCAUCUUCAAAGUUGGCAAUGUCAAGCUUUGAUGUGUUCCAUUUAAAUAGGAAGUUUGACAGUGAUGUGCUAUAUCCAGAAGACACAGUUUACGUUUUCCGUUAAACCAAGUAUUUUAUGUUGGUAAUUUUUUUUAACAAUAUAUAUAUUGAGGUUUGAAUAUAUACUAUCCAAAUCUCUUCAUACUAGCCGAUCCUAGUGGUUGUUAUUUUAUGUUUGUAUUUGACUAAAUAAGUAAAAAAUAAAGUGAUCUAGAUUUGCUGCUUUGAAAUAA